CAGUCCCUGCUUCAGCUCGGUCAGUGGCUGCUGCUGCUGCUGUUUCUUUCCGAGAAUCUCCGUGUUUUUCCGCCUCGUUCUCGCCCGCCGCGGUGUAUGCGUCCGAAUCCGACAACCGAGCCCGUGCUGCUCGGUCCAGACUCCCGGUAACGGCUCGUCUCACCUCGGCUCCGGGCGUUAUGCGCUCAAAUGAGGCCUACAUGCUGAAUCUGUCCUCCUCUUCCUCCUGCUCCUCCUCCUCUUCCCCCUCCCAUGCAUGAAGCUCACCGUGAUGGCUGAUGAUCAACAACAACAGCCCGGUGUUCCCGGUGUUCCCGGACCGUCCCUGCAGAGCCUCGAGGCCACGGCACUGCAGUACAACAAGAUCAAGAACUCCAUUUGCAAAUCUGUACAAUCAAAAGUGGAGAGUAUUUUGCAAGAUGUCGAGAAGUUUACAGAUAUCGAAAAGCUCUACCUCUACCUUAAGUUGCCUUCUGGUCCCAGUAGUGGCAAUGACAAAAGAACUGAAAAUCAGAGGGGCUCUGCAAGUCCUGCAAUAUGUGACCAGAAUUCAAUGUCGUCCAGUCGGACUCAACAAACAUACGCGUUCAACUGGAUCCGAAAUCACUUGGAAGAGCAUCCGGAAACCUCAUUGCCAAAACAAGAGGUGUACGACGAGUACAAGAGUUAUUGCGACAAUCUGGGAUACCAUCCUUUAAGCGCAGCUGAUUUCGGAAAGAUCAUGAAGAAUGUUUUUCCGAACAUGAAGGCACGUCGUUUGGGCAUGCGGGGGAAGUCAAAGUACUGCUAUAGUGGUCUGAGGAAAAAAGCAUUUGUGCACAUGCCGUCGCUCCCAAACCUGGACAUACACAAAUCAGGAGAUGGGUGCGAGCUGUUGGAGUCGGCCGGACAGUCUCCCAGUGCCGAGGACGAGAUGCGAUCUGCUGCCUGUGGUCUGGUCUGCGAAUGGGCCCAGAAGGUUCUGAGUCGCCAGUUUGACAGUGUGGAAGAACUGGCACGCUUUCUUCUCAACAGUCACUAUAUAGGCACUAAGUCCAUGGCAGCUCUUACUGUUAUGACUGGGACCCCAACAGGUAUGAAAACCCCUACGUCUGCGUUUGUGCCAACCGGUGAAGCCAACUCAUUCCUUCCCCAAGUGAAGACCCUCCCGUCACCUUCUGUAGACGCCAAACAGCAGCUUCAACGUAAGAUCCAGAAGAAGCAGCAGGAGCAGAAGCUCACCUCUCCCUUGCCCACCGAUGCCCAGGUGAGAAGGGCCGAGGCGGGCACACCUGUCCCGGGGUCCAGCCUGACCUCUGGAAGUCCUGCAUUGCUGUCCCCUCAACCAACCAUUGGCAUUGUGGUUGCUGCUGUUCAAAGUCCUAUCACAGUUCAGAGAAGCAGGCAAUUAAUGACCUCCCCAAGUCCUGUUGGGGCAGCAGAGGGAAAAGUUGUACCGGUUAACUUCCAGGUCGUGACACAAUCUCUUAAGCAGUCUCCAAAAACACCCCAGAAUAUCUCUGCCAGCCCAGUUGGUGACCGGUUGGCCAGACACCGAUAUGCCCAGAUCUUACCUAAACCUUCCGCCACAAGCGCCAUUGCACUUCGCUCACCCCCAACGCUCUUAAUCACCAACAGCCCCAUCAAGACAGUGAUGCCCACACCUCAUGUUAGCUCUGUAAAUGUGGUCAAGAUGACUGCGAUAUCGCUAGCGCCCAACAGUAGCAGUAAUAGUAGUACUCCUACCCCAUUGCGACCUGCAUCGGCAGGCAUCAGUAGCACAGCUUCCCAGGAAGAAUUUAACCAAACCCAGCAAGCUCAUAACGGGGCGUCUGCCGUCUCUCUUCAGUCAUCUGGAUUUGGGAAACCUGGACGUCCUUCUACAACCCCAACCCCGUUAGCGUCCACCAGUACCAAUGAGGUGAAAGUGACAUUUGAAGCUGUGAAUGACAGUAACUCAGCUAUUUCUGUUGAUAAACAAAGCACUGCGUCAGGGGCAAGUACAGGACAAAAGAACGAAAGAGCCACUAAAUACCGGGCUUCCAGUGAACCCUCUCUGCUUAUUAAGGCAUCCCCUGUGCCUGAGAGAGUUAUAAGGGCCAAGAGUGACUCUUCAACCCCUUCAAGUACAAUCAUGGAGGCUCUUGCCCCAAGCAGCAAUAACAACAGCAAUGAUCAACCAGAAAGUACUUUGUAUUUAACUGUUACUAGCCAGAAUGUAGAUGCUGAAUUGUCAUCCAUUUGUGCGGUGACAACUGCAAGCACUUCUUCUAAAGAUGCUGGUCUCUGUCUAAAAAGCCCUCGAAAACGCUCUGCAUCUGUUUUGGAAACCCACACAAUCCCAGUUAAAAGAGUAUUCAUUUCCCAGCAACCUUUGGAUGUUAGCAGCAGUGCCAGGCCUGGUCUUGUAAUAUCAGCUAAGAAGAUCCAGAGACCUGGCACCCCAGCAAGACCAGAGAGUGCUCCAUGCAAAGUUACGCUAAAACACAGUAGCUCCUUUCCAACUCAAAUCUUGGCUCUCUCCGACACUCCCAUUGGAAUCUCUCGUACUGUAAAUCCUCGAACCGAGAAUGAAGUUGCUGAUAUCAGCCUGAAUGAAACAGCUUCUGGUAAUAGCACAGCUUUAUUGCAGCAAAUCCCAACUCACCACCAAAUCAGCAGUGUUGUUUCUCAGGAGGUAUCCGCUGUAAGUGAGCUCAAGAGCUCGCUGCAAGACUUCUCGCAACAGAUGCAAGCAGAACACAAGCAGAACGCUGCUAAUCCGUUACCAUUGAUGGCAACUGAGACCUCCAGUCAGCUCUCUAUUCAGCAGGACAUUGUUGAUUUUGCAGGUGCCCAAGCUAGCAUUGACUAUUUCCCCUUCAAUGAUGAUGAUAUGACCCAGGACAGUAUUGUAGAAGAGCUCGUACAGAUGGAGGAGCAAAUGAAGCUGAAUAGCAGCUUGCAAUCCUACCUAAGUUGUGUGGAUAUAUCCCUACAAGGUCAAGCCACAGUUGGACAAGGAACAAUCCUGUCGCCCCAUCAGACAAGUACGCAGUUCUAUCAUUCCUCCCAUAGUAGUGCAACGCCAGUGCACACGCCAACUCCGACGCCUACGCCAACACCAACGCCUACUCCAACUCCUACCUCCGAGAUGCUACCAGGGGGGAAUAGCAUGACCAGGGAAAGCCCUUGUUCCCGAAUGGCAACUGUUACCCCAGUGGAUAGCAUCUUAGGUGGGCGCCAUACACCCAUCAGCACUCCACUGUCAAACUGCAGUAGCAGUGUUCCUCCAAGUCCCAUUGAAUGCCGCAAUCCCUUUGCAUUCACUCCCAUUAACUCCAGUAUAACUGGUUAUCAUGAUGGUAGUGUUGUGUCCAGCAGUCCAGUGAAGCCCAUGCAAAGGCCUAUGGCCACCCACCCAGAUAAAGCCAAGCUGGAGUGGAUCACCAACCGGUACAACAGCACCGCAGGCUCUCCUGUUAUCUCAACCAACUCCACCAUUGCUAUCCUCCCCAGUUACCAGGAUCUGGUCGAGGACCAUUUCCGUAAACCACACGCCUUUGCCAUCCCUGGCCAAUCUCUCCAGUCUCAGUCAAGGCAUCAGGAUGGAAACUUAGGGAGGUUAACAGCCGUUUCUCCAGUUCAACAAGGACAGCAAACCACCCUUAGUAGCAGGCAAGAAAGUUUCGCCGUCCCUGCUCCGUUGGACAAUAAAGGGGCCGGAAGCACAUCUGCAUCUGGAACCUUCCGGUGUCGUAGCGUUAGCCCGGCAGUUCGCCAGCGUAACCUCAGUGGCACCACUGCACAAACAGUCACCACCCCUCGGUCUGUUGUUUCUCCCUUUAAUUGCCCCCUGACAUCUGAGGUCCUUAAUAUUCUGGCCAACAACCAGUCGGUGGUCAGUGCCAGCACCUUGGCCCAAAGGAGCCAAUCAGUGCCACUAAACAUCAUGAUGCAGUCUGAGCUGCUGCCUGUCAGUCACCAGGCGCAGCAAAGCAAUAGCGCUAAGAUCACAACCGUGCUCCUCAGCAAGAUGGACACGGAUGGAGACGAUGCAGUGCGAGGACUUGGUGUAAAUAACCUGCCAUCCAAUUACACCGCACGGAUGAACUUAACCCAAAUCUUGGAGACGACACAGGGCUUCCCCGGAGGCCCCAGUCCUCAGAACCAGCAGCUGCCUCUGGAUUCAAGCCCUUCGCCAUUUGACUUCCAGAAGACGGGUUACCUCAUAAGCACGGGAGAGGAACAAGUCCUCUUCUCCAGUGGCGACAGUCAAGCACAAUCAGGCUCUGGACUGCAACAACCGGAGGAGCAGCUUGAGCUCCAAGAACCGCAAUUGGAGCUGCAAGAUCAACAUCUACAGCUCCAGAAUCAACAGCUGCAACUUCCAGAUCAGCAAUUACAACUCCAAGACCAACAGUUGCAGCUCCAGGACCAACAGUUGCAACUCCAGGACCAACAGAUGCAACUUCAAGACCAACAAUUGCAACUCCAGGACCAACAGUUGCAACUCCAGGACCAACAGUUGCAGUUGUCAGACCAACAACAGUUACAAGAUGAUCCAGAUCUCACCCGGCAGCACUUGUUGCCCCAAACCUCUCAGCAGGUCGUGGAUCACGGGCACCAAGAGCAACUGGACUUCAACACUACCGUCAAGGAUCUCUUAGGGGAGGACAGCCUCAACCCUAGUUCACAACUCGUCGGACAAGUGGCGUCAGAACUUAGUGCGGUCGCUUCUGACUUUUCCAGCGAUAUCCGGUUGACUUCUGACCUUUCUAGUAGCAUUAAUGACCUGAACACUUUGGACCCCAACUUGCUGUUUGACCCCAGUCAACAGCAGGACCAAUAUGAAGAUGCCACACUGGAAGAACUGAAGAACGAUCCUCUGUUUCAGCAGAUUUGCAGCGAUACUGUGAAUUCUGCUGGUUUUGAUUGGCUGGAGAAUAAAGACCAGCCAACCGUGGAAAUGUUGGGAUAAUAUUAUUUCCUGUUCCUUUGCUGUUGAUGUUGCUGUUGUCAUUGUUGUUUUAUAUUUAUGGUUUCUGUUCAGCGUUUUGUUUUUUUGUAUUGCAACGUUUUGUGUAUCCAAAAAUAUCGAAUGACGUGUCUGUGCAGCAAAAAUCUGGAUGCUUUGGACUCGUCCAGUGUAAAGUGCCAGCCUGAGGUAAAUCUCUUACAGGCAUGUGCUUUAUCAAAUGUUUGUUUUUUUUACAAUUGUUUUGUUUCGUAGAUCAUUCCAGUCAUUUCUCCCAAUUAUUCAGAAGUAAUUUAUCUCGGAUGGUCCAAUAUUUCCUCUAGUUCCAAUUGAUAAUGAAACAUCACCUGGUGCACAAGCAUAUCCUUGAUUUAAUUCACACUCUUUUAUAUGUUUCCAUCCACUAAAAACAGUGGAUAUUGAGAACCUGCAUGCAAUAUUCCAAGUGACAAGUCAUUGACUUUGGGGAAACACCCUUUCUAGAUGGUCGUAUAAGUAUAUUUUAUUGUGGCUUCGCGAGAUUGGUUGGAGUGUAUUCAGAUAUCAUAAGUCCAGCAGAGGUGAAAUAUCACAUCUACAUAUCGUAAACCAGUCAGUUCAGUGAACUGCAAGGUGCUACUUGGUGCUGACUUAAAGAAUUGCAUUUACUGAAUCUCUCAUCAGCCGUCAUUGGUUCUGUCAAAGUGGUUUUAGACAUUUUUGGGGGGGAAAGGUUAUUUAAGGCCAUAAAACUUGUACUGUUAAAUCCAAACUGUUGGGAAGGGAUAAGAUUUGUGCUAUAUACGUUUGUUUUUUCCAAAAAAAAAAAAAAAAAGAAGAAGACUCGUCUGCCUUAUUUCCAGAGUCUAAGGCCUUAUUCCAUCUCAUAAAAGGCUUUGAUGUUUUGAAUUCAAGAACAAACUUGGUGCACUUAAAAAAAGAGGGUGUCGUGUAUUAGCGGUGAACAUUUCUUGAUCAUCUCUUUAGAUGGUCGCUAGCCAUUUGUAGGCCUUUUUUUGCACAUCAUUUCAAACUGGUAGUGACUAUGGUAUGGUAAUGGCUAGAUAUUCUUUCCAACUCGAGAUCGACAGGCAAACCUGUGUAGUUUCUCCGGCCUUAACUCCAUACCAAAGAGAAGCUGUCGAAGAACAAGAGACGUUGCGGUUUCCAUCUUCAAUUGGUGUCAUCCAAAAGCUUUGUUUUUAUCAGAUUGCGGGAUGAAUCUUGUGUAAAUUUUGUGUAUAUGGCGGAUGUACAGAUAACUGGUUUGGGGAGCAUGUUGUACAAGUUCACAAAGGCUACAUUUCUAGGCUGUUCAAGUUAGUGUGACAUUUGUAUAAUUAUUAAAAAAAGGACAUAGUGGUCAUUAUGAAAUUUCCAUUUUAUCAAGACGCUAAUGGUGAUGGUUUGUAGAUGAGAGUGCCCUUAAGAAAACUUUUGAGGAAUCAUAAGUCCAUAUAGCCAGCACGAUAUCUCGCUUGUUACGUUUCUGGCUUUCUGUGAUGUGCUAGUAAUGCUGUCUGUUGGAUCUGUAGCUUGCUAAUGUACCAUAUUUCUUAGGAGUUUAUCGCUUCCUGCACAUGCAGAUGUGAAGAGGAUGUUAUAGCAUGGAUUUAUCGAGAGAGAAAAAAAAAAGAAAUUAGAUGAGGCUUGAAUAUAAAGGCAUUUUAUCGUGACUAUGUUGUGUGCGGAGGCGAAUCAAAGGAGCGGACACUGGAAAUGGUUUUGAAAUUCAUAUUAUUGCACUAAAAGCUUUCGUAUUGUUUGUUUAUUUCUGUCGUUUUAAGGAACAAUUGGUGCCCAGGCUAUUUUUCUUCAAAUGACAAUAAAAAGCUAAAGGGGAAUAACUCAUGCUAGAAAAAAUGACAAUGAAUAAUUGCCUUGUGUAGCAAUGAGCUCUAAUCUCAAUGAGAUCCGCUUUGUACAACUUCUCGUACCUGAGAAGAAAAUAUGAAAAUACAAGAUUUAAAAAUGACAUUAUUAAGCGGUGUGUUUUAAAAAAAAAAAUCCAACAUGCUUCACCAUGUUAUAAAAUGACUGUACGUGCGCAUGUGUGUUAAAAUAUCUAUGGUAGUAUUUGUCGUGACCACUCUUUUAGCCAAUCAGAGCUCUGGUAUCGUUAACCAGGUCAAGAGGAGACAAAAGUAGUUCUAUAUGCAUUUUAUGAUGUUUACUAAGUUAUAAGAAGUCUUUUUUCUGUUCAUGAAUGUUGUUCUAUUGUUAUUGUUUCUUAUUUCGUUUUGUUUUGAAUAUAUCAUUUUUAUAUAUAAAUUAAAAAAAAACGCCUAUGUGAAGAAAGCUGUAAAUAUUUUUUAUGUUCUGGCAUUCAUCAAGGCACUGAUUAAUAACCGUUUUUUUAUUUUUCAAGUACGACUCCGGUCCUCUUUUGAUACGCAGGGAUUGAUGCCGCAGUUGGUCCGAUGUCUUGUAGGAAAACAUGUUCAUUCUGUCUGUCCGUGUGGAUCUGUAGACUUGAGCCUUCUGAUGUGCUUGUUUAUCUGCUCUAUGUGGACAGCUUGUUAAUAUUGCAAAAGCGUUUCAGCGAUGUUUUGUUCUUUUCUUUUUUUUUCCAAUGGAAAGUACUCACAGGUGAGAUUUUUUAAGUGGUUUUAAAAGCCAAUAAACAUUUUUUUAAACAACA